AUGGGAAUGGAUGUCAAACAUUCCUUGAUUAAGAAGUUUACAGAUAUUUACUCAAUUAAGAAUAUUCCAAGCUUUGAAGAGCAACCAUUAGAUACCAACUUUAAGGAAUUCGUGAAUAGUGAAAUAUGGUCGAAAAUCACUUCUGAGUUUUAUAACUCUCUUGAAUUUGAAACUGCCAUUCGUUUUCGCUGUUAUGAAAUUAGAUCUGAAAAUCAAAAUUUUGAAGAGAACGUUAAGGAGCUAUUCUUAAUCCUAGAUUUGUUGGUUGUUUUGAAUGAAAUUGACGCUUCUUACUGUGAUGCAAUCUUCCCGUUUUUAAUCAUUGAAGAACUGAUGGACAUUCAUAGAUUAAAGGAGUGCCGAAAACUGUAUGAAUAUUUUGAGACAAGAUCGGUUCUUUUGGAUGGAUUAGUCAGUAAUCGUGGACGGGGACCUGUUUUACUGCGUAUUUCAAACGAGUUAUUGCGUCGGCUUUCGGGACAAGUUGAUCCUGCUCUAUGUGGACGCAUUCAUAUUUUACUCAGUAAAGCUUUCGCACCCGAAGAAAGGAGUGGCUCUAAUUUUCGUGGUGACUUUAAUCUGGAAAAUCCAGUCAUCAGUACCAAAAUUUCAUCACCUAAUAUCCCUGCGUCGGAUGGAAAUGAAGCUUCUUACUCACAGAAAGUGCUCAAUAUAUAUGAGGUGUUUUGGAAUUUACAAGAUCUGCUCGUCCAACCACCAAAAAUUGCACAGGACGCUGGUAAUAUGCAAAAGUUUUUGGAUUCCGCAAAUGCUAUUUUAGAGUCAUUUGAGGCUAUUCAAAAAAACACAUUCUUUUUGGACAAUCCAAAGCCUACGAUAGACCCUACGUCCAGUGCUUUGCUUCCGGAAAAAUAUACAGUUAUUAACGAUAAUUUAUGCCCGAAUUACAUUCGUUCCCUUCCUCUUUUUGACUUUCAAUUGAUAGAUGAAACGUUCCGUCUCCACUUUUUGCUCCAAGCUAUUAUUUUGUGUGAUUUUCUUUUAGAUUAUUCAAAAGAACGAGUAGAUUCGCGUCGAACUCGACCUUUCACAAAUAAAGCUGUAGCACCUAAUGCAAGCUUAUCUGAUGAAGACGAAAAGAAUGUUUCAGCGUUACUCAAUCGGAUUUAUGCACUUUUAAGAGAAGUAAAGAACGGUGAUUACGUCGAAACAAUUACAUCGGUUGUUAACGUGGAAAAUAAUUGGAAAAGUUGGAAAGGAUAUGGAUGUCUGUCAUUUGAGAAGCCUUUGCUCGAUAAGUCUGUUCUGGACGAAGCUGCUGCAGGUUUAAAAAAGGUUGCAAGUACUCCUCCUAAAAUCCGUUAUGCCAUGGGUAAUGCUCCGCUUACCAAAAUAUGGCAAAAUGCUGGAGAGAAUUCUUUAGAAGACUUGAAAAAAGAAGAAAGAUAUCGAAUACCUACUCCUCAAAGCUUUUUCCCUGGUGUAAAGCAUGAUUCUGCCGAAAUGGAAGAUUCGGUAAAGGAAGAUGAGCAAGAAUAUUAUCGACAAGCAAAGGCUUCAAAAACCUGGCUCGCAUUUCGUUCUGCAAUCAAUUCGCAUCUAGAGGCUUUUGAAUAUGCUGGAUUGGGUGAAUUAGAGCUAUUAACACAAGCUAUUGAAGGUAAUGCGACAUUGGAAAAGCCGACAACAAAUAUUAAUCCUGCAUUUGACAUUAAUAUCGUCGAGGAAGGUGAUGAAAUGUUACGUGAAAAGGUGAUAAAAGAAGGGAAAAAACAGGAGGCCCAAGAAGCUACGCCGAUGGACGAAGACAAAGGAUCAGAAGGCAAAGGACAGCAGCUAGUUGAGCCUGCAACUACAAAGGAAGAAGCAAAAAAGCCGAGUGAUCAAGAGGAUGUACCUACACACUCCCAUAGGGAAAAUGGGAAAGAAAAUACUGGAAAUGAAAACGAUGACAAAAAAGAUAUUGCCGACGACAAAUCAAAAUCAGCAUCGGAAGAGGAAUCCAUUAAAGAAAAUGUUCCCUCCAUUGAAACUUCUACAACAACACCUAAGGAAGAAACGAAGGAAGUCCAGAAUGUCGAAAGUUCAGAGAGUAAGAAGCGAUCCCGAGAAGAGGGGGAUAAAAAUGAAGAAAAUACUAGUUCAAGUCCAAAGCGUCAAAAAACGGAAGAUAAAGUUGGCGCGGAUAACUAA